GUUCUCUGUUCAGGUUGCGUGUUUUUAAUCGUGGUUUGUUGUUGGUCGAAGAUGCGAUUUUUUCGUCAAAAUGGAUAAUUGUGAACGGAAAUCGAGCGAGCGAAGAAAACCUCAAAAAAUGACAAGUAAUGAAGACCAAGAGUACGAAAUCCUCCUCCCAGCUCUAUUCACUCUCUUCUUUCUCGAAGAUGACACCAUCAGAAACUUCGUUCUUAGAAGCGAUGUGCAGAAAUUCGGUUCUUUUGGCGAUCUUAUCAUCACCCUGUACAAAACCGACGAAGAAGAAAACUACGCCUUCCAAGUCAAACACAAAGAAAAGCAAAACUGCGUCUUAAGCCCCAGAUGCUUAGAAUCCGAAACCAAAAGCGACUUCGCUGUUUUAAAGUACUGUGAAGAAUUCAGCGGAAUCGAAGAAAGGGAAAAGUACUCUUUCGUUACUUACACCAACGCGUAUUUUAAUUCAGAAGAAAUGAACGAAGUCGCUUGUUUUGACAUAAACUGCUGCUAUAACUCCCCUGGGAAAAAAUAUUUCUACAAGCCUUCGUCUGACAACGCAAGAAUUUACAAUUUUUGUUCGAACACCAAGACUAAGACCUCGAGUUUGGCGACCAAACAAACCUGUGAGAGUUUUUUUGAAAGGUUUGCUCUUUACACGUUUCAGCAGAAUUGGCGCGAAGUCCAAGAAGCGGUCCUCGAGAAUUUCCAGAGGAUUUUUCGUACGUCGGAUCGAUCAGCAGCUUUAGAAUAUAUCGAUUUUUUCAAAAACUGGAAGCUUCAAGAGUACGCAAACGUAGAACUAAACAGAGAAGAGGUGGUGAUCAAGAUUCUGGAUUUGAUUUUGACACCUCACGUGGUAGCACCGUCCAAUUGGAACGAAGAUUUAGCUUUACUAGAAAGAGGUUUUGCCAAAUUCGACUUUGUGUUAACGAGUGACUUCAGCGAUGAAGAACUCGCAACUAUUGUUUCCCCUCCAGAGUUCGAAUCGGAGGAAGAGGUGAUGCGUUUGGCGAAAGAUUUGAAGUUUUUGACGAAGAACGAGGACAAGUUUUCGGACUCUAAACACGAAAUGGAGGUGAAGCACAAGAUUGGUUAUUACCGAAAAGGGAAACCAAUUGUCGUUAAAGUGCACGAGGGGAAUGUAGACACGAUUUUUGCAACAGUUUCAAAGCUUAAGACGACUGGAGAUUCUUUCCAUUUUAUUUUCGCUGGAAACAGUCAAGUCGUUAAAGAAAAAUUAGUUAGUUUUACGGUGUUUGAAAGCUUGUACGACCUGAUGAAGCUAGACAAGGAAAUCUAUGAUGAAAUGGUCAAGGAAAUGAAGAUUUUUCUAUUUGGAGAGAAAUAUUUGUAUUGUGAAUUUUUUGACAAAGAAGAAAUCGCAACGCAGAUAACGAUAAAGGACAUUUUUCGGAUGUUGUCAAGUACUUUUCUCUUGAGUAUACACAAAGAAGUUUUACCCGAACCGUACAUACCAAGAUUUUUGUCGAAGACGCUCGUCAAAGUCGAGUCUAUGGACGAAUUCCGUAACGAUCUUCUCGUUGUUAGUCUUCGUUUACACUGGACAGUUAAAGAUUUGUUGGAAAAACGCUUAGGUUUACCUUUCGAGAUAACCUGGAGAUAUCUUGAGUCACCACCAUCAACUCCCCACAUUCUUUGGGACUCAUUCGGGUCUUUCGACGAUUUUGACAAAGUGGUCAAGAAGAAUCCAUCAAUGAACGUCCACUUUUUCGAAGCGCACGAUGAACAACGUCUUCAAUGGUUAGCAAGCAGUGGUAGCCUCAAACCGGUGAAAAAGUGUGGAGUUACCAAAGAAAUAUACGUGGAUGAGUACACAACGUUGCAGCAAUGUAAUAAUCGGAUUAACGUCAUCACGGCUCCUGCUGGAAUGGGAAAGUCCGAAAUUUUGAAGAAAUUCAAAAGCUUCUGGCCAUCGAAAUUUUUCCCAGUUAUAGUUAAUUUAAAAGAACACAGCGACUUCUUCGAUAAUGUACACGAAGACGACGAAACCCUCGAACAUUUUUUGUUUGACUCAAACGACGAUUUGUUUUGGUCGGAGAUUAAGAGAAAUUUCGCCAAGAGAAAGAAAAUCAUGUUCUUUUUGGACGGGUUGGACGAACUAGAGCACGAAAACAUCGACGUUGCUUUAGAUCACGUAAAGCGGUUGUCCGAAAUGGGUUUUACUCUUUGGUUGACUUCUAGACCUCACCUGGAAGAGCUCAUCGAGAACAAACUGAAUGUUCUUUGUAGGAACAUUCAAGAGUUCAGCGAUAAAAAUCAAGAGGACUAUAUUAGGGAGAGGUUGAAGCAAAGUCCAAAUGUUGACCAGUUAGUGAGUGGGAUUUUUAAGAAUAUUGACACUAUUGUGGAAAAUAGAGUCAUUUUAGACGUUCCAAUGCAACUUUACAUGAUCACAGAAAUUCUGAAGGAGUCGCCGGAUAUAAGCGACAAUAUUUUUGUCUUGACGAAGAUGUUUCGGAAUUUUUGUAUCGGAAGAUAUCGGCACUUUUUGAGAAAAAACGACUGCGAACACUGGAAACCGCUAACAAAAAUUCUUAGUGACAGUCUCAGGUAUCGUUUCAAACAGUAUCAGAUUGCCGGCCUCAAAUCCUAUUUUACGAGACAAGAAUUCCAGGUUUUUAAUAUCGAUUUAGAUAACUCGUUUCUUGAAGAAAUUGAAACAGAAGGCGACUUUCUAGGAAUCAUUUUGAAGAUUAACCCUGAUGCGGUGGUUUUUCAUCAUAGCACGACUGCCACGUAUUUCGUGGCGUUAUACCUUGCCGAGAACUAUUCCAAAUAUGGUGAAUUUCUACAAGCUACGCUUUUCAAAAAAGAACAAACCCACUUGCGACUAUUGUUUGACUUGAUUCUUGCCGAAAACUCUCCAGCCCAUGUAGCCGUUUUGUACAAAAACGCAGAAGCAUUGAAGAAAUACAAAAGUGACAUCCACUCUGUAGACAAAGGAGGUCGUUCUACUUUACACCUUGCUUGCUCCUAUGGUGUCACACGCGUCAUCAUUGAAGACAACCUAAAAAACGAACACGAAAGUAAUGACCAUUUCAACAAACUGAGAAAAAAGGAUGACGAAUUUCGGAAAAUAAUAGAAUUCUUACUGGAACACCAAGUCGAUCUACUAUCAAAAGACUCCGUCUACCAAUGGAACAGUCUAAACUUCGCAGAAACCACACUAUCGAUUCUUCCUUUCGAAGUAAUUUUGGAAUGCACCGACCCAAAAAUCGGAAUGAAGGACAAAAUACUCAAUUUAGACCAAAUAAGACACAAACCCCUCAACAUUCUAAUCUGCAGUGCCAUCUUUUCCUAUCGCCACCUUUUCAAAUUCUUGUUUGAAAUUACACAACCCAAACCCGAAGACACGACCCAAAUUCUUCACAGUGCUGCUUGCUUCAACAACUUCAAAAUUGUUAACAUCAUGAUGGAUUACAAAGUUGAUAUUCAAAUUGACACCGAACGUGGAAAAACGAUUUUGCAUCAAGCUUGUGCCAUGGGUUAUCUGGAACUCGUGAUGUUCCUUCUGUCGAAAGGAGCGGAUGUUAAUGAUGUCGAUGAGUAUGGUCGGACACCUCUUCAUCUAGCCGCUCUUAAUGGACAACUUCAAACUGUUGAAACGCUUUUGAACCAUGAAGCAUCUCUUGAUUCUGUGGAUAAAUUCGGUCGAACGCCUUUGUAUUUUGCUGUGGAAAAUGGGCACGAAGAUAUAGUUAAGUACUUAGUGGAUGAAGCGCACGCUAACUUUAGCAAGAAAGCUUGGAAUGGAUGGGGUCCUCUAGAGUUAGCCAUCAUGCAAGGAAAUGGAAACAUCGUUCGUUUCUUGCUAGAGAAAGACGUGAGUGUUGAUGGUGUAGACGACUAUGGUAUGAAACCAUUACAUUUGGCCGCCAGACAGUCAAACCUUGAAGUACUACACAUGGUAUUGGAGAGAUUUAAAGAUGUUGAUGACUGGUGUACUGACGGUCGCACAAGUUUACAUUUCGCCAUAGAAAAUGGUAACGUUGCCUUUUGUGAGUACUUAUUAGAGAAGAAAGCUUGUAUAGAUGAACGUGAUGAGAGGGGACGAAGCUGUUUAGACUAUUGUGUCAAGUUGGAUCGUUGGGAAAUUUUUGAGUUGCUUUGGAAAAAUAAUGUGGACGUUGAUAUCUCCGAUGGUGAUGGGAUUAAUAGCCUUCACUGGGCCUCAAAACAUGGGCAUUUAAAGAUGGUCGAGUUACUAGUAAACAAAUGUGACAGAUUGAUUUUCGAAAAAUCCAUAUCUGGAGUUAUGCCUUUACAUUUCGCUUCAGAAAAUGGUCACAAUAGAAUCGUGGAAAUUCUCCUAGAAAAGGGAGCUGACAUUGAUGAGCCCGACGACUACUUCGGAACUCCUCUGUGUUGGGCAGCUUCGGAAGGUCACGUCAGAACCGUGGAACUACUACUAGAAAAGGGCGCCACCCCCGAGACAAUUAACGGAAUGUCGGCGUUAGACUUUGCUAGAUACAAGACCAAGUGA